UCCGAUUAUCAAGGAGAUAAAAAAUGCUAACUUUAUCGGCGACUUCGACGAGCAUUGUUGCUUCAUGGGACACUCAACAGAGGCUUACGUACAAUCCUAAUGCCCCAAGAAACCCCAACAAGAAACCCAAAUCUCUAUCUGUCUCGCCGACCUCCCAAUCCACUGGAAAGGCUACCUUAACCGCAACGAACAUUCGAACCAACCAAAUUGUCUCCGACCUUCUCAAGCGUCGCAGUCCCGUCUCAAAUGAAGGCAGCAAAUCAGUGGAACCAGAUGGUCUCUAUUUGGGAUAUGAGCAGUGGUUGCCAAAUCCGCCAAAGGUGCAGAAACCCCGAUCCGUGUUCAAUGCAGCUUCACUAGCAUACAUGGGUGAUUGCAUCUAUGAGCUAUAUGCUCGCAGGCACUUUCUAUUCCCGACGUUGAAUAUCGAAGAAUACAAUGACCGUGUUAUGGCUGUUGUACGUUGUGAAGCACAAGAUGUUCUUCUCCAGAAGCUUCUAAAUGAUAAUUUCUUAACAGAGGCAGAGAGGGACAUCCUUCGAUGGGGAAAAAACGUUGGUUCGUCCUCUAAAACACGUACAAAAAAACGCGCUGGUGCUGCAGUUUAUAACAGAGCAUCUUCACUAGAAACCUUAAUUGGUUACCUUUACCUGAACAAUGUGAAACGGUUGGAUGAAAUCAUGAAAAAGCUCGGCUUCUCUACUGAUUCGUCCUUGCAAUUGAUUCCAGAGGAAUCAAAUAGUGAGCAACCAAGCAAAUCAGGUGACGAAGACGAAACCUGAUCAUUGUUGAGUAAGCCACCGUGCUGCUACCGCGCUGAUACUUCAAAACGGGUUAGUCAAUUGAUGUCUUCACAAUUGAUUAGAAAUCGGAUUUUGUGGCUACUCACUCUGCAUGCUCUCUUUACAUCGUACGUCCUUCUUUCCCAUACAUAAGUUUUGUACAAAUAAGCAUGUUUAGUUGACAUUUUUGGUUUUUAGUUACAUUAGUCUGUAAAACUCAAUUAUCACUUCCCACUUACCAUGUUGUAUUUUCUCUCUGUAGUAAACAUUGCAUUGUAAUAAAGAUGCCUUAUAGGAGAUCUUUAGCUCAAUGGGAGAUAGUCUGUGUUCGGAUUGUA